CAAAGGAAAAAUGAAUACCUAACAUUUUCAAAUCAAUUCAAAUACUAAAAAAAAGAGUCAAAUGCAAUAGAAGAAGAAAAAGGAAAAAGAGUAUUGAAAUUGAAAAAUUUCAGCACCCCGCGUUCGCGCUUCAUUCCAAAUUUUCAAACCCAAAUGGAAUCCGAAGACGACGAAUGGGAGCUUUGCUACGACGACGGCUUCGUCUACAAACGCCGCAAACGCCGUCGUCUCAACUCACCGGAACCCUCAACAGCACCAGAUCAGAACGCGUUAGAGAAGUUACGAAAAGAACGAAAGAAAACGACGCUUUUGAAGCUUAAAUCCAAGUAUGAAAAGGAAAUUGUUCAGUGGCAACAUUUAUCAAACACCUUAAGUGCAUUGCAGCUUUCUUCUUCAAAUCAGCUUAAUGAGCAGCAACAGCAGCAAAAUCAAAACUUGUCGAUUCCUUCUACUUCUGGAUCUGCUGAAUCGUCUCUUCUUGAUGAUCUUCUCUCUCAGGUGGAAGCUCAGGAAGCAAUCAUUCAUGAUAUUUCCAAUUUAUGCGACGUAGCCGAAGCAAUGUGUUCUAAACAAGAAGAACAAUAUAAACAAUCUUUGUUUGAUCUACCAAUCUGGUCUACACCACUUGAGCUAAUGCAAGUGUUAUGCUAUGAUGAUUGAAACAAGUUCUAUUUUAUACCAUUCUCUUGGUAAUUAUGUUAAGUUCAAAGGAGGGUCUACACUGUUCAACAAACAAUUACAUUAAUUGUAACUGUUAAAUGCAAUGAUGUUAAAUAGGUUCGACCACUGGCAGUAAAUAUUCUUAGAUUAUUGAUUGAUUGUAUUUAAAAGCAUCCAACUUCUGGCUGGAGUCAUCCAAUUAGAAUUAGCUUAUGUUGAAUGUAAAGAGUGAGAAGGUAGUUUGAGUUAAGUAGUUUUGCAUGUUUGGAAUGUUGGAAUAUUAAAUGAGAUCAUGAAUAUUGUGCGGUUUCUGACUGAUUUUCUCUUGUAUUUGCCACUCUUACAAUGACUAUUUCACAUGAUGCUUGAAGA